AGGAAAACAUGGUUGGAAGAAAUGGCGGAAGGAAAUCACACCAUGGUUACGGACUUCAUUUUCCAGGGAUUCAUGGAUCAUCCGGAGCAUCAGGUCCCCCUCUUUGUGUCAUUCCUAAUGAUCUAUGUUAUCACCCUGGCGGGGAAUCUAGGGAUGAUCAUGUUGAUCAGGUUCAACUCCCGACUCCACACCCCCAUGUACUAUUUCCUCAGCAAUUUGUCUCUUGCAGAUGUUGGUAAUUCCUCUGUUGUUGCUCCUCAGUUGCUGAUGACUUUUGUGAUUCAGGCCAAACCCAUUUCUCUCGCUGCAUGCGCAGCACAAUUUUUCUUUGUCUGUAACUUUCUGACCAAUGAAGCUUGCCUGUUGGCGGUAAUGGCAUAUGAUCGCUUCAUAGCCAUCUGUAACCCCUUGCUCUAUAGCAUCGUUAUGUCAAAGAGACUUUGUGUAUUACUAGUGGUUGCUUCAUACAUAUGUGGCUUUGUGAAUGCAGUUGUUCAGACUCCAUUUAUAUUUACCCUGUCCUUCUGUGACUCCAAUGUCAUCAACCAUUUCUUCUGUGACAUCCCCCCAAUUCUUAAGCUGUCCUGCUCUGACACCCACAACGCUAACAUGGUGCAUUUCACCUUGUCCAGUACAGUGGUCAUGACUAGUAUUCUCAUUGUACUAUUCUCCUACAUGUACAUCCUGAUUGCCAUCCUGAAGAUCCACUCUGCCAAGGGCAGAUACAAAACCUUCUCCACCUGCGCCUCCCACCUGACAGCUGUCACAAUUUUCUACGGGACUGUGAUCUUCAUGUAUUUACGACCCAGUUCCGGCUACACCACAGACCCAGACAAGAUCAUCUCUGUGUUUUAUAUACUCAUAAUUCCCAUGCUGAACCCCCUGAUCUACAGCCUGAGGAACAAGGAGGUGAAGGACGCUGUUAGAAGGAUGAUAAACAGGAAGGUUUGUUCUCAGUUAAUAUAA